AUGGGGGACAAGGAGAUGCCUGCUGCUGGGAUGCCGCGUCUUCUCCAGAGUUCCGCUGAGAGUCGUCAGAGUCAUCCUGAGUGGGAGGACUCCCCGGGUCUUCUCCAGAGUACUCCUGAGGGGAAAGACUCCCAGUCUCCUCUCCAGAAUCCUCAGAGUCCUCCUGAGGGCGAGGACUCCCUGUCUCCUCUCCAGAUUUCUCAGAGCCCUCCUGAGGGUGAGGACGUCCAGUCUCCUCUCCAGAUUUCUCAGAGCGCUCCAGAGGGUGAGGACGUCCAGUCUCCUCUCCAGAAUCCUGCGAGCUCCUUGUUCUCCUCCACUUUACUGAGUCUUUUCCAGAGUUCCCCUGAGAGUUCUGAAAGUUCUUUUGAGGGUUUUCCCCAGUCUCCUCCCCAGUUUCCUGUGAGCUCCUCCUUCUCAUCCACUUUACUGUGUGUUUUUCAGAGUUCCCCUGAGAGUUCUGAAAGUCCUUUUGAGGGUUUUCCCCAGUCUCCUCCCCAGUUUCCUGUGAGCUCCUCCUUCUCAUCCACUUUACUGUGUGUUUUCCAGAGUUCCCCUGAGAGUUCUCAAAGUACUUUUGAGGGUUUUCCCCAGUCUCCUCCCCAGUUUCCUGUGAGCUCCUCCUUCUCAUCCACUUUACUGUGUGUUUUCCAGAGUUCCCCUGAGAGUUCUCAAAGUACUUUUGAGGGUUUUCCCCAGUCUCCUCUCCAGAUUCCUGUGAGCUCCUCCUCCUCCCCUUUACUGAGUGUUUUCCAGAGUUCCCCUGAGAGUUCUCAAAGUACUUUUGAGGGUUUUCCCCAGUCUCCUCUCCAGAUUCCUGUGAGCUCCUCCUUCUCCUCCCCUUUACUAAGUGUUUUCCAGAGUUCCCCUGAGAGUUCUCAAAGUACUUUUGAGGGUUUUCCCCAGUCUCCUCUCCAGAUUCCUGGGAGCUCCUCCUUCUCCUUCCCUUUACUGAGUGUUUUCCAGAGUUCCCCUGAGAGUUCUCCAAGUACUUUUGAGGGUUUUCCCCAGUAUGCUCUCGAGAUUCCUCAGAGUCCUGCCGAGGGAGACAACUCUCAGUCCCCUCUCCAGAUUCCUCAGAGUCCUCCUGAGUGGGAGGACUCCCAGUCUCCGUUCCAGAGUCCUCCUGAGUGGGAGAAUACCCUUUCUCCUCUCCUGAUUCCUCAGAAUCCUCCUGAGUGGGAGGACUCUCUGUCUCGUCUCCAGAUUCAUACGUGUCCUCCUGAUGGGGAGGACUUCCAGUCUCCUCUCCAUAUUCCUCAGACUCCUCCUGAGUGGGAGGACUCCCUGUCUCCUCUCCAUUUUCCUUAUAGGCCUCCUCAGGGGGAGGACUUCCAGUCUUCUCUCCAGAGUCCUAUAAGCAUCUGCUCCUCCUCCACUUCAUUUAUCCUUCCCCAGAGUUUCUCUGAGAGUCCUCAGAGCCCUUCUGAGGGGCCUGCCCAGUCUCCUCUCUAUAGUCCUCAGAGCCUUCCUGAGGGGAUGGACUCCCAGUCUCCUGUCCAGAGUCCUCAGAGUCCUCCUGAGGGGGAGGAUUCCCUGUCUCCUCUCUACAUUCCUCAGAGUCCUCUCGAGUGGGAGGUCUCCUUGUCUCCUCUCCGCUUUCCUCACAGCCCUCCUCAGGGGGAGGACUCCCAGUCUUCUCUCCAGAGUCCUGUGAUUAUCUGUUCCUCCUCCACUUCACUGAGUCUUCCCCAGGAUUUCCCUGAGAGACCUCAGAGACCCCCUGAGGGGCCUGCUCAGUCUCCUCUCCAGAAACCUCUCAGCUCCUUCUCCUACACUUUAGCGAGUCUUCUGCAGAGUCCCCAUGAGAGUCCUCAGAGUCCAUCUGAGGGGCCUGCCCAGGCUCCACUCCAGAGACCUGUCAGCUCCUUCUCGUCCACUUCAUUGAGUCUUUCCCAGAGUUCUCCUGAGAGUCCUGAGAGUCCUCCUGAGGGACCUGUGCAGCCUCCUCUCCAGAGUUCUGUGAGCUGCCCCUUCUCCUCCACUUCAUUGAGUCUUUCCCAGAGUUCCCCUGAGAGUCCUCAGAGUCCUCCUGAGGGGCCUGCCCAGUCUCCUCUCCAGAGUGCUGUGAGCUCCUCCUCCUCCUCCACUUCCUUGAGCCCAUUCAGUGAACAGUCCAGCAGUCCAGUAGAUGAAGAUACAAGCACCUCAGACACCUUGCUAGAGAGCGAGUCCUUGACAGACAGUGAGUCCUUGAUAGAGAGUGAGCCCUUGUUCACUUAUACACUGGAUGAAAAGGUGGACGAGUUGGUGCGGUUUCUUCUCCUCAAAUAUCAAGCGAAGCAGCCUGUCACAAAGGCAGAGAUGGUGACGAAUGUCAUCAGCAGGUACAGGGGCUACUUUCCUAUGAUCUUCAGGAAAGCCCGUGAGUUCAUAGAGAUUCUUUUUGGCAUUUCCCUGAGAGAAGUGGACCCUGACGAUUCCUACAUCUUUGUAAACACAUUAGAGCUCAGCUGUGAGGGGAGUCUGAGUGAUGAGCAGGGCAUGCCCCCGAACCGCCUCCUGAUUCUUAUUCUGAGUAUCAUCUUCAUGAAGGGCACCUGUGCCUCUGAGGAGGUCAUCUGGGAUGUGCUGAGUGGAAUAGGGGUGCGUGCUGGGAGGGAGCACUUUAUCUUUGGGGAGCCCAGGGAGCUCCUCACUAAAGUUUGGGUGCAGGAACGUUACCUAGAGUACCGGGAGGUGCCCAACACUGCUCCUCCACGUUACGAAUUCCUUUGGGGCCCAAGAGCUCAUUCAGAAAUCAGUAAGAGGAAAGUAGUCGAGUUUUUGGCCAUGCUCAACAAUACCGUCCCUAUUUCCUUUCCACCCUCGUACAAGGAUGCUUUGAAAGAUGUGGAAGAGAGAGCCCAGGCCAUAAUUGACACCACAGAUGACUCCCCUGCCACAGACAGUGCAAGCCCCAGUGUCGUGUCCCCCAGCUUCUCUUCUGAGUGAAGUCGGUAGAUUCUUCCCUCUGAGUUUGAAGAGGGCAGUCGAGUUUCUUCGUGGUGGAGGGCCCGGGUGAGGCUGGGGAGAACACAGUGCUGUUUGCACUUCUGUUCCAUAGGGGCAGUUGCGGGAUUUACCUGUUUUCCUUUUGGGUAUUUUUCAGAUGCUUUUCCUAUUAAUGACAGGUUUAAAUAGCUUCAGGAUCUCAGUUUACGAAUAUUAGUCACACGUGUAUUGCUGUUUAUCUGGUUUAAGAGUAACAGUUUGAUAUUUUGUAAAAACAAACACACACACAAACACACCAUAUUGGGAAAACCUGCCUCAUUUUGUGAUGUGUCACAGGUGAAUGUGGUAUUGCUGUAGGAAUUUUCUUGACACUGUGAAGGAACUCUGCAGUUAAAUAGUGCAACAAAGUAAAGGAUUGUUAA